GAAGACUUGGGCAAAGGGAAACAUUUUCAUCUAGUGCUGGCCAGACCGGUAGCCUCCCUCUCUGCUCAAAGAGCCAACCCCUCUCUAAGUUAGCUGGGAAUGUAUGUGUCUGCUUCUUUUGGGUGAUGCCUUGAGGGGCUGAGGGCAGGGCCCUUAGGAAGGUGUGGAGAAGGCCCUGCCCCAGGAGACAGGUGGCCCCAGCAGUGGAGAGCUGCCUUCAGCAUACUGCAAUCAGCCCACUCCAGCAGCAGGUGAGCACCUGGGAGUGGCUUGUGACAGAAGAAAACCUACCAAAAGAACGACUGCAUAGAAGGAGCUCAUACCAGGGAAAGCUAAUCUUCCAACAGAUAGGCAGGGGAGCCUGGUCUGCAACUAUGGUCAAUUGCCUGCUAUUACACCCUAGAGAAAUGCAUCGGAAGCCAUGCUAUCCCAAAUGGGUCUAUUCUGCUUUCUUCUUUGUGAUGCUGGGAUGCAGCUACUCCUCCUCUAGCCAGAUAACAGUGGAUCCUCCUCAUAAUCUGAAGAUUGUGGAUCCUGGCUUUUUAGGUCAACUAAAUUUGCAAUGGCAGCCCCCUCUAACGUUGGGUAUGUUCCAGCAUUGUACGGUACAAUAUGAAUUAAGAUACCGGAACGUUGAUAGUGAAAACUGGGAGACCAUCAUUACUAAGAAGUUAAAUUAUGAAGAUGGCUUUGACCUCAACCAGGCAGUUGAAGCAAAAAUCCAAACGCUCCUGACAGGGGAUUGCACGAAUGGAUCGGAUGUUCACAGCAAAUGGACACAGACUUCUUUCCGGAUUCCCUUGCAAGGAGAGCCAGAGACCAAAAUCCAGGAAAUGCAGUGUAUCUAUUAUAACUGGAAGUCUCUCCACUGCACUUGGAAACCAGGAGAAAAAAUUCCCAAAGGGGCGAAUUACAACCUGUAUUACUGGUAUGAGAGCCUAGACCAUGCUCUCCAGUGUGCCGACUACGUAGAAUCUAAUGGAAGACAUGUUGGAUGCCGGUUUCCAAGUGUGGACCUUGCAGAGUAUCAAGAUUUCAACAUCUGUGUCAAUGGUUCUUCCUUAGCCCUUCCCUUGAGGGCCAGCUAUUUUUCUUUUCAACUUCAAAAUAUAGUGAAACCUUCUCCCCCUGAAAAGCUAAAUCUGACUCAGAGGAAACCUGAAGAGCUUCACCUGGAAUGGAAGCCCCCUGAGGGACCCAUCCCCUCUCAGUGCCUGACAUAUGAAGUUCAGUUCCAAGAAGAUGACACUUCCUGGGUGUCCAGAUCAACAGCAAAAGAAGUGAUCACCCUGCAAAAGUCGAAGGGAAGUAGAAGAUUCUGCGUCCGGGUCAGAGACAAAGUGAAUAUUUACUGUGCCAUUGAAGGGCUUUGGAGCGAAUGGAGCUCCCAGCAGUGCUUCGAUGAGCAACAAGAGGAUGACAGGCGGCUUCUCUUUAUCAUCAUCCCAGUCACUUUAGUCAUGCUAAUGGCCAUCCUGACAGCUUUGUUGUUUGUACAAAAACAGAGAACCUAUUUGAAGCAGUUUCUUGGCAAAAAGGAAGUCCAUUUCUACAAAGAGGCAAUCUGCUGAUAAGCCAUCUUCCUUCCAGUCACACAUCGAGCUGGCUGCCCCCUUCGUAGCAGGAAGAGAGAUUAAACCUUACUUGUUCAGCACCCUGAGGAGUCUUCUGGCAUCCUGUUUCCCUUGGGAUCACCUCUGAGAGCAGCCAUGGCAUAUUUCAAAUGACUUUAUGUACAUAUCUCUGUGUGUGUGUGUGUGUCUAUACACAUAACUAUAUGUAUAUUUGAAAGGGUUUGAGUAUAGAAGAAAAAAAUCACUGUGUGUUGUAAACUUUCUGGUUCCUACUAAUAGGUCUGCUUCUCCUGAAUCUUUAAUGUUGCACAAUAGAAAGCCCAGGGACAA